UGGUUGUUAUAGUGAUAAACUGAGGCCUUGCCUCUGAGCUCCCGGGAGAAAGAACCGGGCGGCAGGGGGUGGGUGGGUGGGUAACCUCUUACCUCCCCCAGGGAAGACAGAAAGAAGGGGAGAAGAAGGGGGAUGGGUAGGGGCGAGAAAAAUACGUGACAAAGAAAACAUUCUCUGGGAGGAGACUCAGAGAGAGUAUAGAGCUGGAGGGAGCAUUCGCUGGCCAUGCCAGUACUUAGCACUGAUGCUGAGUCAGAAACAGGUAUCCCAAAAUCCCCUUCUAAUGAGCCUCCCUCAGAAACCAUGGAGGAAAUAGAGCACACAUGCCCACAGCCUCGACUGACCCUGACUGCACCUGCGCCAUUUGCAGAUGAAACCAGCUGCCAGUGCCAAGCACCCCAUGAAAAACUGACCAUUGCUCAGGCUCGCUUGGGGACACCAGUUGACAGGCCUGUCAGAGUCUAUGCAGAUGGAAUAUUUGACCUCUUCCACUCAGGUCACGCAAGGGCACUUAUGCAAGCAAAAACACUGUUUCCCAACAGCUACUUGUUGGUAGGAGUCUGCAGUGAUGAUCUCACCCACAAGUUCAAAGGCUUCACUGUGAUGAAUGAAGCAGAACGAUAUGAAGCGCUCAGACACUGCCGCUAUGUAGACGAAGUCAUCAGAGACGCCCCGUGGACCCUCACACCAGAGUUUCUGGAGAAACACAAGAUUGACUUUGUGGCCCAUGAUGACAUUCCAUAUUCAUCAGCUGGCUCUGAUGAUGUUUACAAGCAUAUCAAGGAAGCAGGAAUGUUCGUCCCAACACAGAGAACAGAGGGCAUCUCAACAUCGGACAUUAUCACCAGAAUAGUCCGUGACUAUGAUGUCUAUGCUCGACGCAACCUCCAGCGAGGCUACACAGCCAAGGAACUGAAUGUCAGCUUUAUAAAUGAGAAGAAGUACCGCUUCCAGAACCAGGUGGACAAGAUGAAGGAAAAGGUCAAGAAUGUGGAGGAAAGAUCAAAGGAAUUUGUGAACAGAGUGGAAGAAAAGAGUCAUGAUCUAAUUCAAAAGUGGGAAGAGAAGUCAAGGGAAUUUAUUGGCAACUUCCUAGAACUGUUUGGGCCAGAUGGAGCAUGGAAGCAGAUGUUCCAGGAGAGGAGCAGCCGCAUGCUGCAGGCCUUGUCUCCGAAGCAGAGCCCUGUGAGCAGCCCGACCCGGAGCCGCUCCCCAUCACGCUCCCCAUCGCCCACCUUCGCCUGGCUGCCGGCCAAAGCCUCGCCCCCCUCCUCGCCCAAAGCAGCGUCAGCUUCCCUCAGCAGCAUGAGUGAGGGGGAUGAGGAUGAGAAGUAAAGGUGGCUGGCCGGCCAGAGCCACACCGCCCAGGACACGGGGAGGUGGGCAGCAUCAUGGGGUGGGUGAUGGCCUGGCUGGCGUUUGGAGGGCAAGAGUCAUGGGAGCUAUGGCUCAGUGGGGAGCCCCCGGCAUGCUGUCAGGGGAUGCUCUUGCACCAGCUCGCCCUCAGUGUCCAUGCAGCCCAGGCCCUAGGCUCAGCAUGGAGACUUCAAAACGACCCUUCUUAGCAUCAUCUUGACUUCCUCUAGCCUGGCGAAGGAAGCAAGCAGAGGAGCCCCAGGGGAGCUUGCCCUGAGCUGGCUGUCCUCUGCUUUGAUCCUUCCAACCCAACUCUACCCAGUGAAACGCCUGUGGAAGCCACUGUUCCCUCAACUCUGCCACUCCCAGCCCAGUGGGGGUCCUGCACGCUGUCUCCUGCUCCCCGCCCCCACCCAAGCUCUGCCAGAACAAACUUCUUUCCAACGAUGUGAUGAAGCGUUUCUGAGAGCCACAAGGUGAAGACUGCAACCUCAGCGCAGCCAUUGCUACCCAAUGUCCAGUGGCAGCUCUGCUCUGUCAACACUUGGGCCCGGAGGCACGGACCCCAACCUCUGCUGCCCAAGGCAGUUGUGUCCAGGGCCUACUGUGCUCCUGACUGGACCUUUUUCUUCAUGGGUUUGCUGUCAAUGUGUUCCAGAAAUUACCUAAAAUCAGUGGAAACUACAACCAAGAAUGACGCCCCAUCUAGAAAGUGAGGGGCCAGUAGGCUUUGGCUCCAUGUUUGGCAGAUGCUACGAGGCUUCCGCAGCUUCUUCUAUAAGGAUGCUAUUAUGGAAUGGCUCUUCCCAUUUCUGAUCAAUUAACAGUAUCAUAGACCUCGAAUAGCAGUACCGAACACAUAGUAUACCGAUAGGGGUGCUACUUGCACGUUUCUGUUCUACGUAUGCUCCAAUUAGGCCACCCCAGGGUGGAUGUCAUAUGCAACGCGAAUCUAUGCUGAUGGCGUUUUACAAUAUAUUCCUCUCCUGUUCUCCACUCUAACACCCCACUGAGCUCUUUGGCCUAAAGAACCUUCUGGUUCUUUUGUGACUGUGGCAGUUGGUCAAAAGCUCAUCCCAGAUCCCUGUAGAAAUGUUUUGUCCCAAUCAAGAAAUUAAUGUAUCGCUCCUAGGGUCUCCCCUAACACAGGUGAACGAAGAGAGGCCCUGAAGAGCUUCUCGGAGAACUGUGGCCUUGGCAACGCUCUCAGCAGCCUAGUGGCCGGGCUACUACAGCAGUCACCUCUAGCCCUCAGGUUGCAGAAUGUGAUCAAGACUCCGUUUCUGCUGAGCUGUCUCAAUUUACUGCUCCCUAAUCCCAUGUAGGAAAGGAAAAGUCAGAGCCAAGGCUGAGAACCAAACUGGUUAUGCCAGUAACGUCAGACAGUGCUGGGCCUGAUGAGCAACUUGUGGGCCAAACAUAGCGUCUCUCGUGACAUAAGCACCCCUUUCCAGAGGCCUUGGGAAGCAGCCUGCUGGAUGACCAGGGAGGCAAGCAGGGAACAAAAAGUGGCACGUCUCCCCUCCUUGUGCUGGGGUCAUCCUACCUCCCUGCCCACCUGGAGAUGUGUGGCAUUUACUGGGAAGCAAAACUGUGAGGUCAAGCUGGUUUAGCACUUCCUUGUUCCUGGCUCACCUGCUCUCUCCAUAAGCAUGUAAAGCACUCACACAGGACAGAACCCUCUGUGAGGUAGACAUUUUGUGCACAUGGUCCAUGCAGACCACUGUCCCAUGUCCAACAUCCCCAUCUGGCCUCUGCUCUCCAUCACGAGCCCAGGACAGAGAGUUCCUGGGGGCCCUCCAUUUCAGUGGCCUGCCACUUAGAGUAGCAAGGAAGGGACAAGGAGACCAGCCAACCAUGGGGAGGAGGCAUGAGCAAACAAGGGAAGAGUAAAGGAGAAAACAGGUUCCUUGGGAAAACAAAGGAGCAGAGGAAACCCAUGCUCUUAAACCACUUCCGGACUUCCCUUUCUGGGUGGCAUUCUCUCGGGCUUAGUCCAUGGCUCAGGGCAGACAGACCCACUUUUGUAGGAGUCCUGUUCUAGGGCAGAAAGUGUACAGCCUACAUGACAGACCCAUAAUACAUAUGCAGACCUAACGCAUCAUAUUGACAGGUGCUGCUUCCACGACCUAUUAAACAGCCCCUACGACCUAUUAAACAGCCCCCACCUUAGCUGCCAAU